AGUAAAGCACGUACUAUUAUAUACUCUUCGAUUCGAUGCCGUAACAUUAUAUGCAAAUAAAUAAAUCAGAAUAUUGUGAUCAAACAAUGGUAUUGAAAGUUUGUGAUGUUGUGCUAGUGUUAUGUGUUAUAGUGUCCGAUGUUGCGAAUGUGCAAGCACGAAGAGUUCACAAAAUAUUUAACAACGAUGUCAAACACGACAUUAAGGUAUUUAAGAUUCCUACGAGUCUACAUGACGGAACUAUUAUAACUCUAUUUGGGAAAAUAAAGUUUACCGAAACGUUACAAGUGGAUUUAAAAGCGAAAACAAUGAGCGAAAACAUUUGCAGCUUCAUAUUCAGCCCAAAGGAUGGAAAUGUCGUCGCUAUGUCACAAACUCUUAUCCUACACAACAGUUCGUAUAACGUAAGCCACAUUACAGAUCUUGUAACGUUCUCCAUAAGAUGGAUAGCGACAUCAAGAACACCUUCAAAUUCCGAUAUCAUAUCAAUACUAUUUGAAAGCAAUGACGCGGGUGAAACUUUUGUCGAACAAUGUGAAUUUCAGUCGCUGAGCCUAAUUGACGAAAUCAACGUUAAUGGUUCUGCGCAUAUUCAAAGGCUGAGCUUUGACUAUAAAGAACAAUAAAGCUCAAUUAAAAUAUACGUGAUAGAAGAAGCUCAUGAAGUGAUAA